AUGAAUGUGACGAUGCUAAUUUUAAAAUAUGCUUCGGUGUGUAGAUUUUCCAUAAGCAGUGCUAUGUGGUUAGAAAAAGGGACUCCAAUAAUGUGUCAAGAUGAAUAUAUUUAUUUGUCGAAAAUGAAUUGGCAAAUAUUUCAAAAUUAUAACAAAGUUUUAAGCUUACAAAGUCAUGAUUUUCAGUUGACGUGGAAACAAACAAAUCUGACGGCAAAAAGUAAAAGCUCAAGCACCGUGAAAUUUCAUUCUCCAACUAAAUCUCAGACUAAACAAUCUACUAAAGCUAGUUUUACAAUGAGAAGACAUGUUUACAAGAGCAAAGAAUGA